AUGAUGAUUUUCUUUCUCUUCAUCAGAUGGUCCCCUCUGAUGGGUUCUUCCUAUAGGAUGCUGGAGAAUCAAGAACAGGAGGAAUUGAUUACUGUACGAGUCCAGGAUCCCCGAGUACAGAAUGAAGGUUCCUGGAAUUCUUAUGUGGACUACAAGAUAUUCCUCCAUACCAACAGCAAGGCCUUUACUGCCAAGACAUCUUGUGUGCGUCGCCGUUAUCGGGAGUUUGUUUGGCUGAGAAAGCAGCUCCAGAGAAAUGCUGGCUUAGUGCCUGUACCUGAACUCCCUGGAAAGUCCACCUUCUUUGGCAACUCAGAUGAGUUUAUUGAGAAGCGGCGACAAGGUCUUCAGCACUUCCUAGAGAAGGCAAUGCUAUCAGGAUGCUCUCUAAUCACUAUUGGAUCUGGCCAUAGAGUCCUGCAGAACGUGGUCCUCCUGUCCGACAGCCAGUUGCACCUCUUCCUCCAGAGCCAGCUGUCAGUGCCAGAGAUUGAAGCUUGUGUCCAAGGUCGGAGCCCUAUGACUGUAGCUGAUGCCAUUCUCCACUAUGCCAUGUCUAACUGUGGCUGGGUCCAGGAAGAGAGUAUGGGUUCUCCUCACCUGGCGAUGGGAGACCAACGUAAGAGUUGCUGUUUUAUCCGAAGAUCUGGUUGUCAGGCUUCUUCAUCUCCCCUCCAGAAUGAAGAAAAGGAUCACUUGGCCUUGUGGGCUCCUGUUGUUGAUGCUGGGGCUCCUCAUGUGGGAAGCUCCUCUCUUCCUCUCCCAACCUCAUCUUCAAGCUGGGACUUUGUCAGAUCUGAUGAGAGGACCAGUACCUCUCAAUCCUGGAAUAGAGUGGAGGAAGACCACCCAGUUCACCCAUCUUAUGACAUGGACUCAGAAUCUGGCCAGUUGGAAACUGUCUGAGAAGUGAACACUUUGGUCUGAGAUCAGAUGUGAAGGGAGUAGGCCAUGGGGGGAAGGAUGGCUGGCUGUGCUGUUGGGUAGGGUGAUCAGCAGUAUCUAAGGUGGUUGGCCUCCUGGGAAGCCUUAGCCUCACACAGUGGGCAGUGGCAGCAGCUUGCAGCCCUCCUCCCUUGCUUUGCUGCCCCCUACCUAGUACUGGGCAGAUAAGAAGCUCUGACUGUGCUCUGCACAAAUUGAGAGCUUAGGGUCUGUUUUGUCUUUAAACUCCCUACCUUGACUCCUGGGAGCAGAGUUUCUUCUGGUGUUUGUUUAUAUGAAUAGAAAUACCCUCUAUCAACCCCCUAGCUUUGGGGGAUAGGGGUGUGGUUGGGGAACAUAGAGGUAAGAAGGUGUUAGCUUUUGCUUCCUGCAUUGGUCUUGGGGCCACUCUAAGCCAGCUGGCAUCCCCUUCCUUUAGAAGUGAACUGUGUUUAGAUUGUUGCUUGUUUUGACUUCAACCUCUCUAGCUGUUUGUUUUGGGAAGUUGGCCUCCUUCCUACCCCAACAAAUCCAUUGGCUAGUUAGUUCUCUUCUGAUCCCCUUGUUUUUCCUGCUCUUCCUUCAGCUCUGAGACUCUCCAGUCUCCCUUGCAGCUGGAGUUUCUGUCACAGCCCAAGGCAGCUGCCAUCAUGCUCAAAGGUGGGUGCAAGCAGCAGUAGCAGCAGCUUGGUAGCCCUAUUCAAAAGAGGGUCUUGGAUCUAGCCAGAAGGGCAGCAAACAGCUGCUGUGCUGGGAGUUGCAGGUUGGUUUAGGAGUGGCAGCCUUGGGCCGAGGCUUUCACUUCAGUCUGGAGGCAGAGAAGUUUGACUUUUCUCUGCCAGCUUCAUUGCAAAUCAUAUUCCCCAUGCCCCACAAUGUUUUUCUUGCUGUAUAGUCGCUCUCUGUUCCAAUAAGACAGCCUGUUCAAUUCACUAGGGCCAGGGGACUGAGCUUGUUGAUGAGAGCUUUGUUUUUUCCCUGUAAGCAAAGGGCUCCAGGGAAGAAGAACAGGAUGCCUUUAGACAAUGAGGCAUUCUGGCCUCCUGCUGCCUCUCCACUGGGGCUGGUGGGGGCUCUACUGCUGGCAUUCAGCAGGGCUCAGCUCUUCCGCUGGCUAUUCUAUUUAUUCCCUUCUGCCCCCUCCUCUGGUCAUUACACCUUGUCUGUGUGCACUCUGUUACUACCAGUGGACACUGUGGGAUUCAGAGUGGAGGUGCUCUGGCCUGAAAUAAAAUUCAAGUAUUUAA